CCGACAGGGUUGUUCGGCCCGGGGAGACUGUCUCCCAGUUCCAGACAUCUGAGAUUGAGCACUGAGGUGCUGUUCUCACCCCUCUCCCGAGCUGCCCACUUUAGUAAAGGUCACUAUCCCCAUUUUAUAGAAGGAAAAUCGGGCUCCGGGAAGGGAGGGGGUCCCUCCAGGUGCAACCUCUGGGUGGCAAGUUGGGAAAGCUCUGUGGGGGUUAGGGUCGCUUCUGGAGAGGGUUUUGGGAAGUCCGAGUGGCGCCCCGAGAGGGAUUGGACAGCCAAGUCUGGGGAGGAACGAGGGGGGCUGCGACCCUCUGCCCCCAGGAUCUCUGGAGAGGCAGGGCUGGAUUUCGGGGAGCCUGGGGAUGGGGUCCGAGCCCUACCGUCUCCCGUCCGGGAUUGGGACUCGCGGGAGCUUUCCGGGGCUUCCCAGCGUGUGAGUCACCGCGGGCAGGGCCGGCUGCAGCGCAUUCCUCUGCGGAGUCGGCGCCCGGGCGGGUGGGGACCGCGAGUCACCCCACCGGGCCCAGCAGCUGGGACGUCGGGGGCUGGAGGGGCGAGGGCCGCAGGGACUGAGAGGCGGACCCGGGUGGAUCAGGGUUAGGGAGACGGCGUGCAGCCCCCCCGGCCCGCAGAACUGGGCCUGGCGGGGUGGGCUCGGGGGCGUGGCUUGCAGGGCAGUGGACGGGCCGGGGCGUGGCCUGCCGGGCGGGGCACAUAUAAGUGCCACCCGGCCCUCCGAAGCUCAUUGUCGUCUCCUCCGCCGAUUGAGCUCUCCUGAGACAUGAAGACCCCCAGCGAGGUGCUGCGCGAGGGCGAACUGGAGAAGCGCAGCGACAGCUUAUUCCAGCUGUGGAAGAAGAAGCGAGGCGUACUUACCCCCGACCGCCUACGCCUCUUCCCUGCCGGGCCGGGUGCGCGCCCCAAGGAGCUGCGCUUCCAUUCCAUUCUCAAGGUGGACUGCGUGGAGCGCACGGGCAAGUACGUCUACUUCACCAUCGUCACCACAGACCGCAAGGAGAUCGACUUCCGCUGCGCGGGCGAGAGCUGCUGGAAUGCGGCCAUCACGCUGGCGCUCAUCGACUUCCAGAACCGCCGCGCCCUGGAGGGCUUCCGCAGCCGCCAGGAGCGCGCCGUGCCCGCCGCGCAGCCCGAGCCCCGGACGGCCCGCGCGCCCUGAGCCCGCGCCUCGGGCCACACACGGCACCAGUCAGGCCGGACCGGCCGUAUGGCCGCGUCGGGCGGGAACCAGGGACAGCGGGAGCCCGAGUGGGCCACCCACGCGCUGAUCUCCCGAGGACAAGACGGCCGCUUCCCUGCCCACUGCGAAGGGCCUUCCAUGCUUGCGGAACCUCGCCUGCUGCGCGGGCAUGUUAACUUAUUGGACUAUGUAUUUAUUUUGAUGGUUAUUUGUCGUCAAAUCGUUCUGUCUUAAUAUUUUGUUUUUGCACCAGAGUCUCAUUCCAAAUAAAUGAAUUCUUUUUUCUACCAGUG